CCCGAGCCUCCGGGAUAACCGGGAGGGUGGGUCGGUGCCCCGGGAGGAAAAGAAGGGACGUCGAGGGAAAGGAGGAUUCAGAGCACACCCUGGACAAAGCCCCAAAAUGGCACCCUCCUACCCCCUUGGCUAAGGCAAGGUUGAGAGCGAGGACACGGGUUCAAGACAAGCCCUAGCCGUUGCAUUUUUCUCCUUUGGUGUGCAAACAUGUUUCUUCCAAGAUCUGUCUCUUCAUUUGAACACAGUGCAAUAAUAACCAAAGCUUUUCAUUCGUCUAGUAAAUGCUCAGUGAACGGCCACUGGGAGCCAUACUGGAGACUGGACACUCCGGACUGGCGCAAAACCCGUGGGAAUCUUAUACUUCAAGGGCCCUAGGUUCUUAAAUACCGGCCUUUGCUGAGUGCGUGGCCAGAAGCCCCUUCCCACUCAGAGGUUUCCAGUGCCUGACAGUGUGCUCAGCAUGUUCUCUAGCACCGAGGAGGGGCCUGAGGAUGACAGCACAAAACAUGGGGGACGCAUUCGGACCUUUCCCCAUGAGCGGGGCAACUGGGCCACCCACAUCUACAUACCGUAUGAAGCGAAGGAAGAGUUCCUGGAGCUGCUUGACAUGUUGCUGCCCCGAGCUCAGACAUUCGUGCCCCGGUUGGUGCGGAUGGAGGAGUUCCACCUCAGCCUGUCUCAGAGCGUGGUUCUCCGUCACCACUGGAUCCUCCCCUUCGUGCAGGGGCUCAAAGACCGCAUGGCCUCUUUCCAAAGGUUCUUCUUUACUGCCAACCAGGUAAAGAUUUAUACCAACCAAGAGAAAACCAGGACCUUCAUUGGGCUUGAGGUCAGUUCCGGGCAUGCCCAGUUCCUGGACAUGGUUUCAGCGGUGGACAGAGUCAUGCAGGAAUUUGACCUCACUACCUUCUACCAGGACCCUUCAUUUCAUGUCAGUCUGGCCUGGUGUGUGGGUGACGCACGUCUCCAGCUGGAGGGACAGUGUCUGCGGGAACUACAGGUAAAUUUCCAGGGAAGGGACACAGAGCACCGAGCUCCAAAGAUGAGGGAGGAGCACCUGACAGAAAGGGAAGACUGGCUACUGAAACCUAAAUCUGCAGGAGACCUCAGCCCCCACUUCCUGCUCAGAUGUCACCCCUGAGCCAGCAGCAGCGACAUCUGGGAGCUAAGCAGCUCUGCAGGUGCUCUGCCCCCCCCCCCCCCCAAGACUCCGGGCAGCAGAACUGCACUGCAACAAAAUCUCUAGGGCUUUGGGUGUCCGGCUUUACACCUGACAUGUGAUGAGAGUCAGCCCCCCGCCCCCGCCCCCUCGGCCCCAGCCAUUUAUCUGAGGUCAGAGGUUUGGGUCUGGCAGUUGUAAAUGGAGGAAGGAUGCCAGGUCCCAGGAACCUCCAGCCCCCAGAGCCUGUUACAUCCUGGGUUUUACUUUUGAGUCGGGUUCUCACAACGUCUCCUUUUUGGCCUGGAACUCACUGUAGAGCAGGCAAGUCUCAAACUUGCAGUGCCCUUCUAGCUCAGAUUCCGAGACUGCAGGCAUGUGCCACCGUGCCUGGCUGCCUUUUGAUAGGUGACCUUCCUGUCAGUGCCCUGGAAGAACUCGCAGUGCCCAGUGCCUGGCAGGGCCUGAAGGCAGGCAGCAGCACGGCCCUGUUUUUCUCAGUCAAAGCCAGAAAUCCAUAUUUUCAUGUGCAGAUUUUUAUGGAAAAUCUUCUGAUUUUCCAGUGUUGGCAACUGACUUGGAUUUUAUUUACUCAUGUAUUAUUAAUUUUUUUGGUUUGUUUUUUCAAGACAUGAUCUCUUUUUGUAGACCAUUCUGUCCUCAAACUUUAAGCAAUCCACCUGCUUCUGCCUCCCAAGUGCCUCAUUUGGAUUUUUUAAAAGUACUUUGCAAGUCAAACUCUGUGCAGGCCACGGGCCAUCAUCUCUGUGGGCACCUUCCCCUCGGCCUGAUCAUGUGGAAGGAUGCAAAGAGCUGUGAUGUCUUAGCUCCAGGAGAGCCCAGUCCCAAACUAAACCAAACUUCAUGGUAGUCACUGCCCCAGUGCACUGUGUGGGUCCUCCUCUGUAAGCUGAGGUGAUGGGCCCUACCUCACAUGAUUAUAAGGUGAUUGGACAAGAUAAUGAUUGCAGAGCCUGGAGUCUGCAUGACCUAGGUCCCUUUCAGUAUUGCCCAGUUUACCGGACUGGUAGUGUUUGUGGUGCCUCUGGGUCUGAUUUCCCUUAACAUGGCUGUCAUCUCCCUGCUGCUGGCUGAAGGAAAUCGUGGAUGAGUUUGAAGACUCCGAGAUGCUGUUGCGUGUGCUGGCUGAGCAGGUCCGCUGCAAGUCUGGGAACAAAUUCUUCUCAGUGCCUUUGAAGUGAACCUUGUCCCAUGCCUCUCUACAGACCAACUGAGAUGGAGGAGCCUGCUGCCGUCUGGGGGAUGCCCCAGCAAGAAGUGUGAUAAUCACACACUUAGCACUGUUCUAAGGGGCUCCUCUCUCCUGGUCCUUUUGGGUGGUAGGUUGAUAGGUUGCUGCUGUGGUGUGGUCAUUUCCAGAAAUCACCAGUAGAGGGCAGCCCGGACCUCUGAUUCUUCUGUUAGCCUAGGAAAAGAAAUGAGCCCUGCUGGGGAGCUCACCCACACUCAGUGGGGUCCCCACUGAGGUCUCUCCACUGUAGUGAUCUUGAUGCCAUUGGCCAUCAUACCAGUUUUUAAAAUCAUUGUGCCCUGACUCACCUCUGUCAAACUGGGGGCUCCAGUGAGUCUCACCCUCCUUUGAAUCUCCUUUAUUUAUCACUUUUUCCCUUCAUCCAUCCAGUGCCAGAAGAGGUCAUUUCAGGGCCAGGGCACAAGGUGCUAAUUUGUGGUCAGCAGCAGUUUUCCCAUUCCUUCCUCCCACUUACCCAGCCAGGUGCCUGGGGAGAGCCCAGCAGAUGUUUCAUUUUGGCCUGGCUCUGGCUGCCGGCCAGGCCUCCAACACCUGUGACCCCUAGUUUCCCCCAUCAGCUUUCCCAAAGAAGCACAGAGGCACCUUUCCUCCAGGCAAAAUACUCCUACCCCUGUGGCUGAGCAUUCUUCAGGGGUGGGGGUGUCGUGGGAGGUGGCGAGGGUCAGAGAGGCACAGGAGAUUUUAUUUUCCACCAAGCUCUUAUCAGGGCAAAGAACCAAAGAACCUCUCCAGUUGUCAUGGGGAUUUCUAGUGAUGGGCGAAGAAAGGGUUUUUUACAGUUUUAAAUUAUGUUCAACAAAUAAAAUCUGCUUUUUUAAUGUGG